AUGCUUUUGCAUGCGGUCGCGUUGCUAAAUCUAUUGAAAGAUUCCGUGAACACUGACGUCAGAACGUGCGCCUAUUAUGCAGCGCUGGGCCACACAAGGCUAAAGAACUAUGACAAAGCCAUGUCCUAUAUUGACGCGAUUCUCAAAAGCGAGCCGGACAAUGUUCAAGUGAAGCACCUCAAGGCGAACGUCGAGAAGAAUAUGCAGAAGGACGGGUUCAUCGGUGCGGCGAUUGUUGGCGGCGCUGCCGCCGUCGUCGGCGGAUUGCUCAUCGCCGCGCUCGCCGGCAGAAGAUAA